GAACAAAUUUCAGAUCCAAUUCGGAUUGUCUUCGGUUCUACAUCUUCUGUCCACAAGACAAUCGGCAUGGCGUUCAAAAUUGCAAUCAUUUUCACGUUGGCUGCAUUUCUGAACGUUGGUCAGGGUUGCGAAACUAACCAAGUUGAUCAAUUAACAGCGAGGCAAGGUCUGGAUGAGUUGUUGAAAGAAGAAUCUUAUUCGUCGGCUAACAACCUGUGGACGACACCAUACUACUACAACUACCAGCCACGAACUCCGCUUCCAGGGUUUGCUAACGCCUACGAAGGAAGAACACCGAUGAACAGACAGCAACCCAACUAUUUUAUUAAAGAUGAGGACAGCCUACCCGAAUCUCGUUUGUUCCUCGGCAAUAUAGCCACCAACCUGAUCGGCUCGAGCUUGUUCAACAACCGAUUCAGCCCUGCUAAUCAAUUCAGACCGUUCGCCAAUCUCUUAAAUCGAAUCCCACCCAAUAGUGCCAAUUCACGCAGUGCUUUCGAUGCCUGCACCUCACCAGCGGGAGAGGCCGGCAUUUGCACCAUGUCUUCCGUGUGUUCCUUGUUUGCCGGAAGGCCUAGCGGAUCUUGCUCUCUGAGCAGAGUGUGCUGCGUCAAUGUGGUCAAUGGAUGUGGGAAAACGGUUACCUUAAACAACACGUACUGGCAAUCGCCAGCUACGGUAAGCUCUCCUUCCAACUGUGCGCUGACUAUUAAAUUGGACGCUAAACUGGCCGAACAGUCGUUCAAACCCAUUUGCCAAAUUCGAUUGGAUAUGGUUUCGUUCACUACGGCUCCACCAGUAGCCGGAACUUGUACGGAUACUUUCCAAGUUGGUGGUGCAACUACAAUGGCACCUACGAUUUGCGGGGUUAAUUCUGGACAGCACAUGUAUCUCAAUGUUCCAUCGUCUGGUGUUACGCCUAGUGAUGUCCAGCUCAUGUUCAAUUUUGCUGCUGGUGCGGCAACUCGCUCGUGGAACAUCAAAAUAGCAAUGCUUCCGUGUGCCGCUGACUAUCUUGCUCCAUCGGAUUGUCUCCAGUAUUUUACAUCUGCUACAGGGCGAGUCAGCUCCUUUAAUUGGCAGGAUACGGCUGGCGCCCACCAACUUAACAAUCAAAAUUACAACAUUUGCUUCAGGACUGAACUUGUUUCCUCUCAGCCUGCGACUGAGGCGUGCCUUUCAGUUUGUCAAGUGCCAAACGGUGGCGACGCCUUCUACAUAACCACACCAGCCCCGGGUUCCGGUGAAACAGUUACCACUGGAACCACCUUCGCCGCAACUCUUUCUGCUGUGGGCACAACGUUCUUCGAUAACUCAGUCACGACUGCGCCUAGAACAGUUGCUGUGUGCCUGUACGAUUUCCUUCUCGUUACCGGUGGUAGAGACGCCAACGGAAUAGAAGCUGACCGCUACUGUGGAAAUGCAUUAAACCCAGCACCAUUACCAGCUGCAAAUGUUCCUGUUACGACUUUAGCAGUUCCUGUUCCUGGCGGUGCCACCACCAGUAUUCAAGUGUGCACUCCGGUCAAACCAUUUAAGAUUACCUACAAAACUGAUGGAACUGAAGCUGCAAUUACAACUGUGACUGCUCCUACUGUUCCCUUUGUAGCGGCACGCGAUAGAGGCAACACUGGAUUCUGCCUUGACUUCCAACAGCGAUAAACACUGCAUAUCAACACCUGAUUGUGGCUGGUCUACCAGACGCCUAUCUGAAUUGUAUCUUUGGUGAUGGUAUAGUUACAGUUUCAGUGCACGGCAUUUAAGCUUUUAUGAGGUUUACGUCAACAAUUAUUUAAAUGUAGGUGACGGUUUAGUUGUAUAAUUUUAUUUUACCAAAUGUUGUUCAGACUCUUAGAUAGAAAAAGCUAAAUAGGCAGUACAAAAACUGAUUCAAUCCAGGCGGUUAGCUUCCAUAGCGCUUCAUUAUUAUGCAUUGACAAAAUAUUUUAAAAGCCCGUCUUGUCUGACAUGAAUACCUUAGUUGAAAUAAAAAGCAUACACUUGA